AUUUCAAUCACAGAAUUACUUCAAGGCGAUUGGUCAAUUUGACUGUCCCUCAACCCACUCCUGGCCGUGGAUUGGUGGAGCCAGCCGGGCGGAUUCCUUCAUGGCUUGGUCUUCAAGGCUGUGGAGAGCGAAUGUCGUCAUGAGCGAACAACACGACAGUAUGGCCACUGUUGCUGUUAGUCCGAGUGAAUACCUUCAGCCCUCCACUGCUUCUUCACAGCAGGACACCCAGCCUUCUCCUCUGGCCCUUCUGGCUGCUACUUGCAGUAAAAUCGGGCCCCCUGCUGCUCAGGCCCCCGUAACUUCUCCUCCCACUCAGCCGCAGCCUCGCAGGCUUCAGCCCAUAAAGCCGGCUCCCAUAGCGCCAGCUCCACCCAAAAACCUGGGUUUCCUUUCAGCUAAGGGCAAUGUGAUCCAGCUCCCUGCUGGCUUGGGAACCUCAGCUCCCGGCAGUCCUAUUGUCCUUACGAUCCAACAGAGUCCGGCACGCACCAACACCGCCGGCCCUGCUAACAUCCAGUACCAGGUGAUGCCGCAAAUCCAGAUGAUGCCGCAGGGAGGUCAGAUCCAGCUCAUACCAGGCACUAACCAGGCCAUCAUUACCACUCCUAUGACUGUGCCAGCCCCAGCUGUCGCAGCUGCAACACCGGUGACGCCGCAGAAGACCGUCGCCAUUAAACCCUCGCUCAAGGUACGGAAACCAAACAAUGUGGCGGCUAAUGUGAUGCAGCUGCCCGGCGGGCUCACGCUGCCCCUUAAUGUUGCAACCGGAGAGGUCGGCGGGUCUGCGGUCGUCACAGAGACUGCCGCGUCCCCUCCCACACCUGGAAAGGGACGGCGAGGGAGGAAGAGGAAAGUGGUUCCGCUGGCCGAACCUCCGCCAGCUCCUUCACCUCCGCCGGAGCAGAUGGAGACCAUCGUAAUUGAAGCUGGCGAUAACAUCAUACAGGCGGGGAACAAUUUGCUGAUUCUGCAAUCUCCUGGACAGCCAGCGAUGGUGCAACAGGUCCAGGUGGUGCAGCCUAAGACUGAUUCCCAGUUGAUCCAGAUCCCUCAGCAGGCGUUGAAAGUGGUGAAGGCUGCUUCUGCCACUUUGCCUCCUGUCCCACAGAAACAGCCCAUCACUCCGAGCCUGCAGGUGACCCCUCAGGAUCCAACACCGACCCAGAUCCUCUUCAAAACAGCGUCAGGGGAGUGGCAGUCAGUUCAACUGCAAGACUCCGGCUCCAAGGCAACAAGCCCUACAACCUCUGUUGCCCCAACCACCCCCACAUCACCACCUGCCAGCAGCAAGAGGACCCAGGCAGGGGCGCGAAAGGAGCGCACCCUGGCAAAGAUCGCCCCUGCAGGUGGAGUGAUGGCAUUCAACCAGUCACAGUUGUCCUCUGCAUCUCAGGCAGUGCAGACGAUCAGUAUCAAUGGGGUCCAGGUCCAGGGAGUUCCUGUCACCAUCACCAAUGCAGGAGGUCAACAGCACUUAACAGUGCAGACGAUGCAUGGUGGAGGCCUCCAGCUGGCGACGGCGCAGGGCCAGCCUGCCAUCCAGAUGGACCAGACGCUGACGCUGGAGCUGCCCAGUCAGCCAGGGGAGAAAAAACGCCGCAUGGCCUGUACCUGCCCCAACUGUAAAGAUGCAGAUAAAAGGCCCGGGGAGGUGGGGAAGAGGAGACACAUCUGCCACGUCGCAGGCUGCGAGAAGACGUUCAGGAAAACAUCGCUGCUCAGAGCACACGUCCGCUUGCACACCGGGGAGAGGCCCUUUGUCUGCAACUGGGUUUUCUGCGGGAAACGUUUCACACGCAGCGACGAGCUGCAGAGGCAUGCCAGGACGCACACAGGAGACAAACGCUUCGAGUGCAAUCAGUGUAAGAAGCGCUUCAUGAGGAGCGACCACCUGACAAAGCAUUACAAAACUCACAUAAACACCAAGAACUUAUGAGCCCACUCUGAGAGGUUUUCCUUUUUCACUGAAACACCCACAGCUUUUCUACAGAAAACAGUCAUUAGACACAGGAGGUGCGAACGACUUAAAAACCAGGGAAACAUUUUCCAGAUAAAGCCCCAAAUUUUCCCCCUCUCACUCCUUCAGGACGAUCGUGCGGUUUUUCUACUCAGAAAUGCGACCAGGACGACUGCAGGCUGAAACUCACAACGUUACUUUUGUCAGUUUUAGUUGUUUACAGAUGUAUUUAUUUUUUCUGUUGGUUUGAAAAAAAAAAGUCAGUUUGAAUGUGGGAAGGUGUGGCUUUAGAUCUGGAUCCUUUUUAGGUUUUAACACACAAACACAUCAAAUAACCUGGGGAAGAAGGACAAGAGACGUUAAGAUUCUUUUUACUUGCGAGGAGAGCAGCAGAGGCGUCAUCAGGUAAAUCUCCCACCUCUCUGAUGCACUUCUGCUGUCUUCUCCGCUCUUUAUUGGAAAAAAGGGAGUCCAUAGUUA